UUGUGUCUUCCAGUUCCAGGUCUGGUUAAAUUUACAAAGAUGAUGGAUGCCCUGUCGGUGGUGCGUCAGCUGCGGGAUCUUGCCUCUGAGCCACAGAACCGACAGGUGAUAGUCCAGGACCAGGGCUGUCUUCCCGGGCUGGUUCUUUUCCUGGAUCACAAAGAUCCAGAAGUUCUGUUUGCUACUCUACAGACUCUUCGUUACUUGGCUGAGUUGUCUUUCAAUAUCCCCACCAUGAAGAACGAACUUGGCAUGAUGGUGAGCUUGGAGAAUAUUCUUGAACGAGAGGAUCUGUCUAUUGAUAUCACGGCCUUGGCUAAAGAGGUUUAUAACAUUUUGAGUUCUCCUCCUAAUCCCAUUCCCCGCACACCGGAAAGGAGAAAGAAGCCCCAGUUCUUUAUCAACUCCUCCAGCAAGAAGGCAAAGUCAGUCACACUGCACAUCCAGGGGUUGGACAGCACUCACCAGCGAAGCUUGUGUGAGAAUGCCCUGCUAAAAGUCAAAGGAGUGAUCAGCUUUACUUUUCAAAUGGCAUCUAAGAGAUGUACAGUCCGCAUCCGUUCAGACCUGCCCACUGAGAGUUUAGCAUCAGCCAUCGCAGCCACUCAGGUGUUGUCAGCCCAGCAAGUGGUGCAGACUGAAUCAGGGGAAGAGGUUUACGUUCCUCUGCACUCUAAUGGGGUGGAGGUGGCGCAAAACUCAGCCCUUCCAGACUACCUCCCAGAAGAAGAGAGCCCAGAGAGGGGGACCGACCGUGCAAUUUCCCGCACAGCAGCUAAGGAAGAUUCAAGUGGCAGCUGGCUCAAUGCUGCUGCCGGUUUCCUCACAAAAACAUUUUACUGGUGA